CCCGCCCCCCGUGGUCCCGCCAGGCGGAAGGGGCGGGGCGGGCGGCGGCCAUGGCGGCGCUACGCUACGCGGGGCUGGAGGACACGGACAGCGAGGAGGAGCUGCCGCCGGGCUGGGAGGAGCGCACCACGGCCGACGGGUGGGUGUACUACGCCAGCCACCUGGAAGAAAAAACACAGUGGGAACACCCUAAGUCUGGGAAGAGGAAGCGUGUUGCAGGAGGUUUGCCAUAUGGAUGGGAGCAGGAGACUGAUGAAAAUGGACAAGUCUAUUUUGUAGAUCACAUCAACAAAAGGACUACCUACCUUGACCCAAGACUGGCCUUUACGGUUGAAGAUAAUCCCGUCAAAGCUACUCCUAGACAAAGAUAUGAUGGAAACAGUACUGCAAUGGAAAUACUCCAGGGUCGUGACUUGAGCGGAAAAGUUGUUAUAAUCACAGGAGCAAAUUCUGGAAUAGGUUUUGAAACAGCCAAGUCUCUUGCACUGCAUGGGGCAUACGUCAUUCUGGCCUGCAGAAAUCCAUCACGAGGCAGUGAGGCCGUACAGCGCAUUCUUGGCGAGUGGCAUAAAGCCAAGGUAGAAGCGAUGACCUUGGACCUUGCUUCUCUUCAGAGUGUGCAGCGCUUUGCUGAAGCAUUCAAAUCCAAGAAUGUGCCUCUUCACAUCCUGAUCUGCAACGCUGCCAUCUUUGGUGCUCCAUGGUCUUUGACAGAGGAUGGCCUGGAGUCCACCUUCCAGGUCAACCACUUGGGACAUUUCUAUCUCGUCCAGCUUCUGGAAGACGUUUUACGGUGUUCGUCUCCUGCCAGGGUUGUGGUGGUCUCCUCCGAAUCGCACAGAUUUACAGACAUUAAAGACUCCUCAGGAAAGCUUGAUUUCAGCCUGCUCUCUCCAUCCAAGAAGGAGUACUGGGCUAUGUUGGCCUACAACCGUUCCAAGCUUUGCAAUAUUCUGUUCUCCAACGAGCUGAACCGGCGCCUUUCUCCCCACGGGGUGACGUCUAAUGCAGUCCAUCCUGGAAACAUGAUUUACUCCUCCAUCCAUCGCAGCUGGUGGGUGUAUACCCUGCUGUUUACCUUGGCUCGACCUUUCACCAAAUCCAUGGAGGACUCCAGAAAGGAGCCAAGGAAACUACCAAACCAACAGAUAUUUGCAACUACACAUAAAGGGAUGAGCUGCCUUCUCCUCUUGGUUGUUGCAGAAAGUUUUGACGUGCAUGCCCUCCUUUGAUGGCAUCUUGUGUUUGAACAGUCUGAGUUGCUGUCAGUGCCCACACAGCAUCUACAACUGCUGUCGCUGCAGGGAUGAAAUUCAGAGCUGCAAACUGUUAUGAGUAGGGCGUAAAGUUUUUGGAUUUUACUUUAUAAUAUGUAUUUUAUUGCAUGUAAUAAGAAUGUGCUCCAAAAACUCAAAGGACAUCCAGCGUAAUUUCCAUAACAAAGAUCCUGGUCUGGCUUACAGAGGAGUCCGGGGGACCUUUUCUGUCUGCCACAGCAUGCAUGGACUCCACCCAAAAGUUUUGAUUAGAAAAACAAAUACUGUUAAAAAUAAUGUUUGUGCAUGCAGAGGGAGCCAGAAGAAUCUCUUUAACCAAAAGUGUCCGAACUCACUUUCUCAGCGGCACUCAGGUUUCCUUUGCCAAAUGGUGCAGAGUCCCAGCAGCUCUGAACAACUUGCACUUUGUUUUAAUCCUAAAUUCUAUGAGCAAAUAAGAACACAGAAGACAUGGUUGGGCAACCUUAGCAUCACACACACAUUCUAAAAUGAAUGGCCUCUUUUCAUUAACAAUCUGUGUGUGGUGUUGAAAAUCACCCCUCUCACAUUGUAGCUUAUCUCCUGCAAAACCAUUGUCCCCAGCCUUGGACUCGCACUUUGCAAACUAAGAAUGAGGGGAGCCUUUUCAUAUUUUAGUUUGAAAGCCGUUUUGUUUCACCACACGCUUUUUCUGCUUCAUAAAUUCUACUUUAAAACAACCUGCUAAAUUAAUAUCCCCCGUGUUCUCUCUGUAACGGGCAGGGGAACUUGUCUCACAGCAGUGCGUUUGUUCAGCUCCGAGCUGGAAAAGCGCUGCCUGCCGCGUGAAGGACAUCUGCUCACGAGUGAGCAAUUGUGCUUUUGAUUCGGAGCAGCACUUCCCUUGGAACGCUGGCUGCAGAUGAAAGGAGCAGGUUGCUGGGGUACCGCUUUUGUGAGGAUUCCUCUACCCAGCGUGGGGCUUCAAUACAUUAUUGAGAGCAAAUCCACUUUCUGCUACCGCUCCUCGCUGCACUUAUUUUGCCAGCCUCAUUCAGGGAGUCAGCGAGGGUCACUCCUCUACAAAGGAAUAAGGGGCCAGUUAGGAAGAUUAAGCAGAUAAAUUAUUUACAGUGUUUAAUUAUCAUUGUACAGGUUUAUUAAACUUCAUGGUUACCUGGAAACCUAAGCAGGUGCUGGAAAGAAGUCCAAUAAAGUUAAAUAAAAAAUGUUUUGCCUACAAUGAAAUCCUUUUAUGUGUGCCGUGUUAAUAGAAAUGUCCAGGGUUUUUGGUUCAGUGCCAAGCUUGCCUUGCAUUUAAUGCUGUGAUUAUUAUUUUUCUCAUAAUCCAUUCCUAGCUCAAGGCUUAUUAGGAGAUCCCUCUAAAUUCUCUGCUGGGCUGGGCAGC